CUCAUUUUUUAAAAUGUUGUUUUUUUGCGUAGCAUCCCACGAUAUAUAAACAAAUCGAACAAACCGAUCAACGGGGCGGUAUGCCUUACACGAAAUUUCUGUGCAAAACUCCUCCGGGCGAAAUCAAUCCGCUCGCGGAAAAUGAGGAGUUGAAGACUGCGCGCCUGCAAGCGGCCCGAGCGCGCCUGAACGAGUACUCAACGCCAGCCAGUCCCAGUCCGCCUAGGGACGUUUCGAUUAUCACGCCCCCCGUUGUUAUACCAACCGAAAAGGUUCCACGAAAGCCGAACCCGGACGAUUUCAUGAUCAAAUCAUGGGACCACACCUUCGAGAAGCGUUCCUCCCAUUCCAACUCUGAGCAUUACAAAACCGAUAAGCCCGACAUAUACAGGAGGGCCGCGGAGAGUCUGACGGCCAAUCUAAACAAAAAACCCGUCUUUGAAAGGCUCGGCACUCGCGUUGAUAUGAGCGUACCGCCUCUGUCGGCCGAGGACCUAAUGCAACUCACCGAAUCCGACAGCGUGACUGUGACCGAUUUGGAGCACGUCCGUGACGACCUGAAGAAGAAGCUUAGCCAGGAGGAAGGCAAAUGUCAUAUACCAGAUUUGCGAAUGAAAUUGACGAGGGAUCGCCAAAAGGAGCACAACAAAAGUCAGAGCUCGUCAAAACCGCGGACCGAGAAGGUCUUCAAGGAUCCCGACAGUAAAUUUGGCAGUCUCCUCUCCAGCAUUGACGACCAGAUUUUGGAAAAGAAAGACACUAGCAAAAAGGACGAGAAGCGGUCGCGAAGUGAUAAAGACAGAGAACGGGAUAAACACAAGCACAAAAGCAAAAAGCGGGAUCGGUCCAAGGAGCGACGUCGGUCGAAGGAUCGGAAGCAUCACGACAAGGAUAGAGAUAAGGACAAAGACAAGCCGAAGGACAAGAAGGAAGAGAGCAGUAAAAAGGAGACUGUUAAGAAGGAGAGCGAAAAGAAAGACACGGUGAAAGAGAAAAUCGUCGAAAAGGUGAAGGUGGAGGUACCCGAGAAGCCGGUGUUCAAACGCUUAGCCGACAAGUACAAUCCGCGCCCCAGGAAGAAUAGCAUCGAGGUGGUGGAGCGGCCUCCCGAAAUCCCGAUCAAGGAAGCCGUGCCCAGUGUUAACAAAGAUGCGAUACUGUCAACGGUGAAAAGUAACCUGUUGCGUAGUAUCGACGAAACUCUACUGUGCAACGUUAAAGAGGUACUGCUCUCGAACAAGGAUACGCUAACGAGAAACCCAAUCGCGAGUCCGGUCGACAAGUUAACCGCCACCAUGAAGGAAAUCAAGUCGGAUAAUGAUCAGUACUUGACCAGCAUUAGAGAUACAUAUUGUCCCCCGAAACCGAUUAAAGAUAUUGUUGGGUCGACCAAUCAGAUUGAGAAAUUUGCCGGUACUGUUGCUAAAGAAGCCAAAAAAGACAACGAGCAAUAUUUAACCACCAUUAAGGAUACAUAUUAUCCUCCUAAACCGGUUAACGAAAUGUGGAGCCCUUCCUAUGGAAUGAUGCCACAAACCACCAUGGAAUUCAUACCUCCGGUUACCACAAAACGAGCGGGUAACACUUACCUGAACACCUUUAUAGUUCACAAUAACGUAAGCUCUCACGGCCAGUACACUCAACCGAGCAGCUCAUUUCCUCCUAAACCGUUUCAUCCGUACGAUCCGCUUCCGAGUCCAAAUCACUACGAGUCGAAUCAACAGCAAUUAGACUACUACUCUCAUAACCAACGGCCAAACUACCAAAACCGCCCUUAUCAACAGCAGUACUCGCGCGAUCGCCAACUCACCGACGUGUGGAGCAGCGAUCGGCAGCAACCCGACAAUUGGAACAACUCGGAUAACACGUGGAACCAACAGUCCGACGCAACUUGGACCCAAGAUCGGCAACCUUCGGAAAACGCGUGGAGCCAAGAGCCGCGCCAACAUUCGGAUAACUGGAACCUGGAUCCGAGGACCGCCGCUCGUCCCUCGACGUUUAAUAGAGAUCCCCGCAUACGACAGCGAGAGGAAAAGGAGUCGACGCAGAAGAUGGUGUUCGUGCCGCCGCCGUCGCAAACGAAGCGGCGCUCCGUCGACGAUUACCCCACGUACGGUCAAUCGAGGUACGACAUGAUGUACAACCAAGACCGGAUCAAGAACGAGGAAACCUUCACCUCUCCGCUGAACAGCCUGUAUACCACCGGCAAUGACAGUCAACGCACAGGCAAAGGGUACGGGGUACAGAAGUUCCGCAUACCGAAAAAGAAAAUGGAAACCGAGGAGCCGAAGACCGAGGAGUGUCCGAAACCCGCCGACGAAGAUAACGUCGACGAGUGCGUGCCCAACGACCGAGACAUCGACGAGCCCACCGACGUGACACAAGAGGAACAAAGUGAGGCGAUACCGGAAACCGUCGCUCCAAAGGAACCGGUCGAAGAAAAGGAACCGGAACCCGCAAAGGCCUCGGUUGCUGAACAGGCGAUGUUAACGAACUUUUUUUCCGACUUUGUAAAAAAUCCCAAUAGCAAGACCAUUCUAAACGCCAUCCUAUGCUCAAUGGCGGACAACACGGGCGACAAGAGCAAGUACAAGCAGAUCCUGGCGAUCAUGAACUCCGAUGGGAACGAAGAGGAGGAGAAAUCGCAGGCGGAAACUGACGACAAAGAUAAACUGUCGGAGAUUACCGAGCCGGUGACCGAGCAGGCGGAGGUGGUGCCGAAGCAAACGGGAAAGAAGACGGGCUAUCGCAAUAGAAGAAAAAAGCAAAUCGCCAAAAAGGUGAGGCUGAGGAAAUCUCGCCGCAACAAGCUAAAGGCGGCGAAAAAAGCGGCGCUCGCCAAAGCCGCCAUUACUAAGCAAUCGGACACCGUUAUCGAGACCGUCGGCGAACGCAUUAAGAACCGGAAGCGCAACAUACCCGCGCCCGAUCCACCCAAAGUCCGCUGUACCGAGCUGGAUCGCCUACACAACGACAUUAAAGAAAUGUUCAUAUGCGAUGGCGUAUUGACGGCGACCGGUAAGCGAAUGUGCCGCAUUUUAAAAUCCGACUCGUCGAGCGACAAGGAAUCGCCCGACCUGUCCAAGUCGAAAGAAGACGACGCCACGGUCUUAGACUCCCCGAAACGCAGAGCUCGCGCCUCCAAUCCCAAGGUGCUAAUCGAGAAGACCGACCUCUCUAAGCUAGUCUCGACGAAGGCGAGCUCCGAUUCCGACUCGGAACCCGAGUCGCCGGUCACGAGACGAGCCUCCAGACGUCGCCUCCUCGACCUGGACAGCACACCGGAACCGGUCCCUCCCAAACCGGUCUCGGCGCGCGCACUGCUCAAGCGCACAUCUAAAAUAAAGCCAAACUACACCGAGCCAUCCGAGGACGACAUCCAGCUGCCGAAAUCGCCAAAGCCAGUCGAGAAAAAAGAGGUCGUCGAAGAGAAGGAACCGGCUCCGGAAAAAUCGGUCGAGAAAAAGGGCAUCAAGAAGAAGAGGCGAGGCCACAACUGGGCGGUCGGCGUGAUCAACAAAAGGAUCGUGAAGAAAAAGGCGUCGGUCGAGGAACCGGAGACGGUGGCGGCGGAGGUACCGGAACCGCCGGCCAAGGAGGAGAAACCCAAGACCAACGAGCACGACACCAGUUAUUACGUCGACUCAGCGGAGAAGAGCGACUGUCGAUUGUGCCCGUUCAAGGGCAAGUUCAUCGUUCACCACUACCGAACCGUUCAUCCUCAGCACGAGGUUUUGAUCUCGAGAGUGUCGCCCGAGAACGGGCAGAAAGCGAUCGAAGAGUCGACCGAGAACAAUUACGAGGAAGUCGAGCCGGUGCAUAUUUUCGAGGCGAAAAAUCGCAAGAAGAGGUUCACGUACCAAUGCAGGUUAGUGGAUCACUUUGAUUUAAUCUAA